CAACGCGAACACGUUCUCCCAGUGUCCAGAUAGCCGUCUUGCUGCACAACCAACUAUGGCUGCUCAUGUAUGUCUUCUACCAAAUGAUAUCUGGCAAAUACUGUCUUCGCCCUCGAACUCACGUCUUUCGAUGUCACCAACCGCGUUCAUACCUUUACCCCAUCCACGCACCGGCAUUCCAACAUUGUUCUUACCCUCUUUGCGCAAUGAAUCUGAAAACUCGAAGAAUAUAUCGAGUUCGAAAGAGUGCAUAUUGGAGCUUCAACACGUAACUCCAUCGAAUCCGAGGUCUUGGUUCGUCGGAGAUGAGGUUCUCGCAGAGGGGAAGCUGAUGUUUCUCCUGCCUGUAGAUCCGGUCUUCUUACUCAUUUACAUUUUAAAGUUCUUCACCAAGGAUGAAAGGUCAGGAAUAUUCAGGCCUGCAGAUGACAUUUUUGAAGACGCCGCUCUAAAACUUGAAGCGGCUUCAUUGAUAUCCAAGGAGUCCAAGGGGUCCUCUUUGCAUCUAUCUUCAAAGGAUAUUCGAACUUUUACCUCGAUGCAAUGCUGUAGGAACGUGAUGGACAAGAUAUGCGAAGCAAAAAACGUUACCGCAGAGAUCGUUGUGUAUCGAUUCUCUUCCGAUAAAGCGGUUGAAUAUCUUCGACGAAAAGUUGAACGUCUGUCCACCCUGGAAGUUGUCCAGACAUCGCGCAUUCUCAUAAGGAAUCUCGCUAAAGACGGAUUAACGGAGGACGGGUAUGAGGAUUUGCUUGAAUUGGGACGUGUGAAGACGGCGUGCGACUUGGUUUCUCAGUAUUUGAGUCCAGACUUUCGGUCUUUGUUGUUGGCUUCAUACGACUUCAAAAAACUAGACGAAUACUACAAGACGCUUGAGGAGGAGAAGAUGUGCAUGGAGGCACCUACCAAUGAUGCAAAGAAGACCAAGAAGGAGCAGAGCUUGGACGGUAUUGUUGACAAUAAGCGCAAAAAGGGAACGAUUAAAGGGACUCAAGGAGUGGAGAAGCUGAAAAAAGUCAAUAUCAAUGGGAUGGCGAAGCUGACCACUUUCUUUGGGAGGAAGUCGUAGCAGGAC